GGGAGGUCCAGAAAGCUGGAAAUCCUCCCAUUUUUACCAUUUGCUAUUUGUCAUAGCUGCAGCAGGACUGCAGUGUAAGAUACAAUACAUUCUUGCAUUUACUAGAAAGUAAAGUGCACACAGUAGUGCCUGUAUAGAUCAAAGAAUCCUUGACAGAAAUGGAAUCUGCACCAGGUACACCGAGUGUUAUAGCAAAUUUAAUGGGUCUUGAAGAUGAAUCUCCCCCUCAGCCACAUGUCCAAAAACAAAGAAGAGUGCUGUCUGAUAAUUACCUACACAAAGUUGCUUCCAUUGGUGUCAGAGAGAAGCGUCAUUCGUUCAGGUUGAAGGUAGACUGGAAAGAAUUUAAAGAUGUUUUUGAAGUAGUAGAGACUUUAAAAGCAGAUAAGCUUGAUAACCUGUCAGUUCAAAAGGGAAAAACAUACACAGGUUUCUCAGAAGCAAAGAUGGAAUUUACAAUGCAGAACGAAUUCCAAGUAUCACCAGAAAUGAUGGAUUAUGAGGAUGAUCAUUUCCCGAAAUGUCUCCCAGGGGGCAAUUCUUUGUUUAACAAGCAUUUGGAUAAUCUGCAAGUUUCCCCUUCUAACUCACUAUUUGGGAACACAACAGUCUCAAAGUCAUCAUUUACUUCGGGCACUGGAAAUGUUAGGAAAUCAGGGAGGAAACAUGAGCAGCCAAAUGUUACUCUACUUCAAAAACUUGAGAGUGGAAUUGGUGCAGAAUCCCUUGGAGAAACUGGUCUUUAUAAUUUACGUAAGUUUUCAAGAUCUCAAUUGGAGUUAAACAAAGAAGGAUGCUCUCCCCUUACUAGAAUUGUUGUUUUGAAACCGAAGCACGGAAAGGCUGAGAAUUCUGCAAGAUGUUUCCCUUCUUUGAGUUCCCUUGAUGUUUCUCAUUCCAGUGAUAGCAAGUGCACGGAGUUUUCUAGUCUUGGUAGUGGGAAAGUACAUGUUCCAGUGAAAAAAAGGAAGAACUUGGCAUAUGACAUGGAACCAAUAAGCUUGAGGUCUAAAGCUUCCAGGGAAAUAAAGGGGAAGCUUGGCAUAGAUACUGGGUGCAACAAAACCAACAUUGAUACAAAGGUGUCAUGGUUAGGAUCCAGAGGUUGCAACUCCAUUGUAGUGGAAUCUGAAUUGACGAGGCCUCCUUCCUUGAGAGAGCAGUCCUUUUCUUAUUCAGAUGAGUCAUAUGUAGCCAAGGAAGCCAGGAAGCAGCUUUCAGAACAAGGGAAGAUGACUAAAGAGUGUGAAGAAGUAGGAAUGGCUGGCAGAGGCACUACCCUUGGGAAUUUGCUUUCCAUGCCUGGCCACAAAACAGGGCCAAGAAAAUUGGAUUACAAGCUUGGUAGGCAUUUUCACCCAAAAAGAAAGCUUGUUACGCGUGACAUUAAAAACCUAGACCUUAGUAAGUUUAGAACACAGCAAGAUAAAUAUGAAACUCUUUGCAAUGAGUGGAAUCUCAUUAGGAAAGGGUCUAUUAAAUUGGGGCAGCAUAAGUCAAGGGAGUACAGAUUCAACCAGAAUGAUGGUUUUAGACCUAUAAAGUUGAGAUCCAUCUGUAAGAAAUUCCAAUCUUUUCCUGGCCUGGAAUCAAAAGGCAAUCACGCAGUAGAAAAUGCUUCAAGAAAUUCUGAGAAGUGGCAAUCUGGAGCCAGAGCCUGCAUCUCUGUAGACAAAAACGAUGAUUCUUUCUGUCACGUCACUGAUACUUCAAUUCAACAGGAAACAUCCUACAAACAAAGUUCUUUUCUUUUGCACUGCUCCACCACACAGCCGGAUUGUAUGGUGAGCUUGGAGGAGGCUUAUCAGCCUAGUCCAGUUUCAGUUCUGGAACCACCAUUUAGAGGAGAGAGGUCACCUACACCAGAAUACCUGGGAGAGCUCAAUGUUGACAUCAGUGAGAACUCCGAUACAUACUCGGAAGGAUCUGGAGUUGUGUCAAGUGAUGAUGAUACUAAUGAAGGAUCUGCAAGCAAUUACAGAGAAAAUGAAGAUUUAAUGAGACUGUUCAGAGUUGAAGAAAGUAGAGACUUUUCCUACCUUGUUGAUGUGUUAUCAGAGAUAGGUUUAUAUGAUAGGCACUCAACCAUGGACUUUGGUACCUGGCACUCUCCGGAAUGGCCAGUAAGCCUUUCUGUCUUUGAGACCCUGGAGAAGAAGUUUUGUAAUCAAAUGGCAUGGAAAAGGUCAGACAGGAGGCUAUUGUUUGACCGUAUAGAUGCAGGGCUAAUGGAGAUUCUCCAGCCAUGUAUGGGUGUUCCCGCAUGGACAAAGCCUGUAUCAAGAAGGAUUAGAUCCAGGGCUGGUCAGGAUAUGAUAGAGGAAGAUUUGUGGAUGUUGCUUGUUAGCAAAGAGAAGGAAACAACAAAUGUCUUGGCAGAAAAGGUACUAGGAAGCGAAAUGGAGUUAGACUUAGGAGAUGAUAUUGAUAGUAUUGGUACAGAAAUAGAGAGAUUCUUGUUUGAUGAGCUUGUAACGGAGUUUGUUAGCUCGGAGAGUUCUUAAACACUAGUGAUUAUUUUUUUGGUAGAAUAAUUUUGUGUACAAGUUAGACAAAGAUAUUUAUGUAUAUGUAGCAACAGUGUUGAUCAAGUGAAAGGGUUUGAAAAGGAUAUAUGUAUAGACUCAAAUUUUUCAUACAUGAGUGAAAUUAAGAUGUGGUGCAAUUUGAGCUUC